AUGUUUGUCGAGCAAUUUGAUCAAAAGAAUUCUUGGUGCUCGAAAUGUAACUCAGACACCGCAUGUCGCAUUCCCGGGUGGCCAGUGAUGAACGCCACCAGCCUAUGCCAAAGUACACCAAACCAACUCCUUUUCGGUGAGGAGGGUUGUUGCAUCCACGGAACCGAACCAUUUGAGCUGGCUGAGUGGACUGGGAUAUUCUGCAAUGGAUCUGAAUGGCGGCAAGAGUUUGACAUAUGCGGCGGUAUGGCAUGUCGUGACUGGGAGGAAUGGAUAAUGCCCUGGAAUUGGACUGUACAGAACAACACACUUCCUCCAGAUCAGCAGAAAUGCACAACCCCUUCUAGAUAUCUCGCAAUCUAUGCUGGAGAACAUUUCUUCUGGUUACUUGCCACAUUUGGGAUCGGAUGGAUCAGAUUGAGAAUCGCCCAAAGAGAGGAAGCAAAAAACCGAAGUAUUUUGCGAUAUCUCCUCUUGUACGCCUGGCCAGGUCUUGUAUUCAAGCAGAGUAAAGAAAAGGUGCUGAAAGAGAAACUACUACCGGAGGGUGAGCACUUAAGACCAGCUAUUACGGAUCGUUUACGAUGGGGUUUCCCAGUUAUAAUGGGAGUCGUACUUGCUGGUAUACAGCUAGGAUUCAACUUCACAGCUGCACAUUUCAUCAAAAGCGCGCCUGGAUACGAAGAUGCUCCGCUUACUCUCUUGGCAUUACUGUUCUGCUGUCGGCCUAGACUAUCUUGGCUAUCAUGUCUCCUCGCUUUGAUAUCUAAGAAACGACUCAUCAAGAUCUUCGGAUUUGAGCCUGACGGCGAUGGCCUUUGGGCCGCAAAGCUGGUUCUCUCCUCCGUUGCCGUGACUUCCGCGGUCACUGAAGCUAUUAUGCAACUACUCGGCGCAUACUUUCUUGGAUCUGCGGCCCACGUCGGUGAACAAAGGGGCUUCUACGUUGUUCACCACCUUCGACCAAAGAUGGGGGGCAGAGAUGCACGUCAUAUGUAUCUUGGGGCUCUAUUUUGGGUCAUGUUAUGUAUUCCUCUUGUGGUGGUGUGGUUCUUCGUUGCACUCUUCUUCAGUCAAGUGUACGACGCGGUUGCCGGCUGGCGUCGCGGAAUUUUUCACUUCCUUAAGCCUAAAUCGAGAAAAAUUCCCGACCUGGCAAAGGCGCCGGUGACAUGGCUCUUGGACUACAUCAAUCCAGAUGAAACAAGCCGCAGCAGCUCUUCAUCGUCACAAUCGAAUAUGCAUCACCACCAUAUUUUGAAUGAGACAGAGCAGCCGUUUCUCGUUGCAUCCAAUGACCCGUUUAAUCAACCCAUUGCGUAUCAAGGGCCAGGUUCCGGCGAUUUGUUUGAUGAGCAACCCAUGGCCAUAGCCGGAAGACAAAGCAGCAGGCGUAGUCGUUAUUCUCAUAUGUCUCAAUAUGAACAGCAGCCUUUUGCCAUUCCUGAUAUGGCGUCUGGGAGCCGUCGUCCUGCGUCCCUAGGCUACUCGCACGAUGGGUCGGCCAUUCAACGCCGUACUCCCGGUGGAGCUCAGUAUAACGAGUUAUCACAGAGUGAUGAACUCGACGAGAUUCAAAUUGACGAACAACCUUUAGCAGUAUCUAGCACAUCACCUCCUCAACGUCAAGUGGCAAUACCCAGUCGUCGUAAUGCGAGUAACGCCUCGCUCCUUGCUCCCCCUACACAAGACGCACCGCCAUUGUCAAGCAGCAAUAGCUCUUCGAAUAAACGCUCAGACUAUACAACGGUUGUCAACUUGAAAUGGCAGUCCUGGGAAUCUAAAAUCAUAUUCGCGGGUGCGUUCUUGGGUAUGCUGGCAUAUGCUAGUCAGUGGGUCUUUUGGGAUGGGUUUGUCAAGGCAUCCGGGGACAGAUUUUGCCCGCCCAGUGUCUGGAAAGUCAGUGGUAUUUGGUGGGGUGGUUCGUUCGUGUAUGUCGGUGCUCCUUUUAUGGCAUAUUGA